AUGAAUAGAGAUAGUAAUAAUAAUAAUAAUAUAUUAGAUAGUAACACAGAUAAUACAAAGAGUGAGUACUUUAAAAGUAUACUCAACAACAAGUAUCUAAGAACAAAGAUAUUCAAUCAUGUAGGGAUCAUUCAUCACAAGUUACACCAACAUGUUGGUCAACCGAUGAUCUACAGAUUAAAGUCACAUGAGAUCAUUAGUUUAAAAGAAUGCAUCAUUGUACAUCGUACUGAUCUAUUCAUCAAACAUUUUGAUCAAAUAUAUCAAUCAAUUGAAUCUUUUCAUGAAAAGAUUGGUGUAGAUGUAAAAUCUGAUUAUUUUGUAUGUUGCAAUAAAAAAAAGAAGAGAGAGACAGAGAGAGAGAUAAAUAUAGAAUAUGCAGUUAUUAAUUCAAUCUUACAGUUUAGUAAAUUCAAUGAAUUAUUAUUCACAGCGUUGAAAUAUGAAAACAAAACAGCAUUUGAUAUGAUGGUAGAUAGAUUGGGAGGAUUUUCUGAUUUCAUUUGGCAGUAUUCUCAAAUAUGGCAACCAACAAAAAAUAGUCUUUCUAUUCUCAUGAACCACAUCACACUAUUUAAACAAUCAACUGGGUUUGCUAUGGAGCUUCUCUAUUGUCCAUUAACAACAGGUGAUUUGGAAAUGUUUGAUCAAAUUUGUAAAGAUAUUCUAGAACCAGCUCAAAAAAGUAUUCGAUAUAGAUAUGAUCUGCAGGUCAAAUUAUCAUUUAAAAAUCUAAUCAACAAAUUAAAUAAUCAACAACAAGGCAAUAAUAAUAAUCAUAAUAAUCAAAAUAAUAAUAAUAAUAAUAAUAAUAAUAAUAAUAAUAAUAAUAAUAAUAAUAAUAAUCAAUCAAAAUAUGAAAUAAUAUAUUAUAUGGUCAACAAAUUAAUAGGACAUGGAUUAGAUUUAAGAGGUAAUUUAUUUAUGGAUGCAUUGGAAUGUGAUAAUAAUCAAGAGAUUAUAAAAUGGAUUAAAGAUAGUUUUGGUACAAUACAAGAGUUUCUUGGUUUCAGUGGUAGAUAUUUUGAGCAAAUCCAAAGAUAUGCAUCAACUGAAACUUUGGAGUUGAUUGAAUUUCAACACUCAAAAGAUAGAAUUAGCAAUAUCGAUUCACCAGAACAUGGAAACAUAGAUUUCCUCAAUUAUAUAAUCCCUUUUGUUGAAAAUGGUUUCCAUUAUUUUGGAGACCAACUUCAUAUUGCUUUGGACAAGGGUCAUUUGGAAUACUCUAAAAUAUUAUUAAAAGAAAUACAAAAUGCUGGGUUGUAUCUAGAGGAAACAAGAGGAAUAAUUGUUCGCCCUCUUAUCAUCCUAAAGGUCAACCCAUCAAUCAUAUCAUUGGAUCUUGUGGAGCAAUUGGCCCUCAAUCCAUAUAUACGCCUUUCAGUCAAACUGGCUCUUACAACCAUCAAGACUAAUCAAUUGGAUAUUUUACAACACAUACUCUCUCCUCUUGUGGCUCAAGGGUUCACAGACUAUGGCAGUUUAAUUGUUGGUGCAUUAUGUAUUGAGGAUACUACUAUGAUAGAGUAUCUAUUGAAUACAUACUACAACGAAGAUGAGGAAGAACCAACUAUAUCAUCCAUUCAAGUGACAACUGACAAUAUUUGUGAUAUGGAAUAUCAACCACUUGAAUAUUUAUAUUCACUUGGUCAUUGUUCACUAGAGAUUAGCAUAUCUCCAUCCCCUAUAUCAUACCAUAUCAAACAAGUACCAAAAGAACCAUCACUUGAAAUCCUUCAAUUGAUUAUAAAGUAUCAACCAAUCAACACUAUUCAUCCUUGGGUAAUACUCAAACGAUUUGGAUAUUGUGAUGAUGAUAUUCAUCUUUUAAAAGAUGUAUUACCAACAUUAAAAUCUCUUCAAUUUUAUGAAAAGAUUAAAAAAACAUUAAUUAAAGCAAGUAAGAAUGGAUUGGUUAAAACUGUGGCAUGUUUGGUAUCGAAUAUUGACAGUUUUAUAGAUUCAUUCACAACAGCAAUUAAAUACAAACAAUUCAAAGUUGCAAAGUAUUUGACCAAUGAAUGCAUGUCUCUUGUUCAGUUUCACGAAAAGGAAAAAGUGGAACCAGACCCAUACGACUUUGACUUUAUGUGUCAACCAUCUGAUAAAGAGAUAUGGGAAAGAGAUCAAGCCAAGAUAUUAUCAUCAUUUUACUAUAUUACCGACGACCAAACAUUCGAAUCUUUUUGGAAUGAUUUUAAAUCAUUCUCUACGACCAAUUCAAAGUUGGUAUCCCAACUAUUUACACAGCCACCAUUUGAUACAGGAUAUUAUCGUUGUCAUGUAUCUCGUGUAAUUGAUAGAAUCAUACUAAACUAUUCAAGAUUCUAUAAUGGUCCUGAAAGAGAUCAAUAUCAAAUGGAACCUUUGCGAUUGUCCAGCUACAAUACAUUUGUCACCUACUAUAUCAUCUCUAAAUAUAGACAUGAUCCACAAUUCAAUCAAAUAAUCAAUUUUAAUGAUUUUGAUAUCAAUCAAUUUUACAUCAACAAUCAAUUUUACAUCAACAAUCAAUCAAUUGGAUUAAUCCCAUUUGAUAAUACAAUUAAAAAGAAUAAAUAA